AUGGGAUGGAGAACUUCCAGGGGUAUUAUGGGCAUACAGAACAACCGUAAAGACCUCAACAGGAGGAUGCCAUUCGCUCUAGCCUUUGGCAGUGAAGCAGUCGUGCCAGUAGAGAUAGGCAUGCCCACACACCAAAUACUCCAUUUCAACCAAAGGGAAAAUGGCGGAGUGUUAGAAGAACGCCUCGACCUUUUGGAAGAGAAGAGAGUGGAGGCAGAGGCCCAAAACAUUCUCCAUAAAAGGAAGACAGAGCACUACUUCAACAAACGGGUGAAACCUAGAUCUUUUAAAGUGGGCGACCUUGUUUUCAAAGAAAUAGGAGUGACAACCCAGGAUGAGGGGAAGCUAGGGCCACGCUGGGAAGGGCCAUACAUAGUGAUAGCCAACCUUAAGCCAUGA